AUGACUACACCCCAAGAGGUCCUUGGCGAGCCGAUAACUUUCCCAUUCAGUGGUAAAACGGCCAAGAACAGAUUCCUGAAGAGUGCCAUGUCAGAACGUUUGGCAACGUUCUCUACGUUCGACCCGUAUGACCGUGGUCGGCCGACAGAGGAGCUCGCCAGAGCCUACGAAACUUGGUCAAAUGGCAAUAUAGGCAUACUAGUCACAGGAAAUAUACAGGUUAAGAAAGAUCAUCUCGAGGCUACAGGCAACGCCAUAAUAGACAACGAGUUACCCGAUUAUAUCGAGGACUUUCGCCGCAUCGCACAGGGCGCGCGAACGAAUGGCAGCCUAAUCCUCGGGCAGCUCUGCCACCCCGGCCGACAAGUUCCAAUCAAUAUCAACCCAUACCCCGAGUCCGCGUCGGACGUCGAGCUGGUCUCCGUCGGUGGCAUAGAAUUCGGUCGGCCAAUACCGCUAGCAAGAGACGGCAUCAAAGACAUCGUCGACCGCUUCGCAUACGCCGCCUCUGUCCUCCACCAAGCCGGCUUCGACGGCGUUCAGGUCCAAGGAGGCCACGGCUACCUCAUCAACCAGUUCCUAUCCAAACGGACAAACCGGCGGACGGACGAGUACGGCGGCUCGCUCCUGAAUCGAUCGCGCCUCCUAUUCGACGUUUUGCAAGCGAUCAAAUCCACCGUCAAAGACUCGGGUUUCAUGAUAAGCGUCAAGCUCAACGCAGAUGACUUCGUGCCGGGCGGCUUCAGCGCGGACGAAGCAGUCCAGGUCGCACGCGCACUCGAGCAGCGGGGCGUUGACCUCAUCGAGCUCAGCGGGGGUACGUAUGAGCACGUACCCGAAAUGCACAAACACAAGCGCGCCAUCCCCGCCGACCAAGAAGCUUACUUCAUCAACUACGCGAAAAAGCUUCGCUCGAAUCCUGGCCUGCGCCGAUCCAAGAUCGUCCUCACCGGCGGAUUCCGCUCCGCCACCGCGAUGGCAAUCGCCGUAGCUGAAGGCCACACCGACCUCGUCGGGAUGGCGCGGCCGUUCGCGGCGGAGCCAUUUCUGGCACUCGAUAUCCUCAAGGGUCUCAAGACGGGAGCGAAAGGAGACAAGUUCACCCCUGGGCAGUGGUUGCGGCUCGCGGCUGCUGGCCAUCAAAUAGCAGAAAUUGGGAACGGCGUAGACGUCACUGACUUUGACAACUUCUUUGAGGUCUCGCGGUUCGUCGCUAAGAUGCAGGGUGAGAUCCCAGAAAUGAUGGCGGAGGCACUGUCGUCAGAUAUAUAG